AUGGAGGAGGAACCGCCAGAAUGUCCUUCCAACCAGGCGCCUGCUUCGCCGCUGCGGUGCCUACACCACGUUUCUCCAGCUGCUACAGCUGCGGACACGCCGCAAGAUGUGGCAGCAGAGCAUCGCAUGCACGACCCGCACGACUUGCCUGGUGCAGCCCACAGUGCAGGCCACAGUGCAGGCCACAGUGCAAGCAACAUCGACGCCGCGCAGCAGGGUGGGCCGCAGCCGGCGCAGCCGGCACAGCCAGCACAGCCGUUGACCGCACAGGAGGCCAGCCGAAGCAGCCGAAGCGGCGUUUCUGCGGCUAGCAGGCCGCUGCUGACCUCCCAGCAAACUCCCUUAGACUUGGAUGCGGAGGCUUUUCACCUGCGCCCCAUGCGGUCCACGCCACUGCGCGCGCUGGACGAAGGCGUCGGUGACGUAGCUGGCGUUUGCUGCGCAGUCAAGGCCAGUUCACCUCGAGCUAAGCGGCGGAAGUCGGAGCAGACUUCAGAGAAUUCGUGGUUGAGUGGUCAGGCUCUAUUGCAAUGGCUCUUGAAGCGGCGUGCGGAACGAGGGGUGAGCCCAACUAAGCCGCACAGCACGAUCCCAGGGUCUAGCGGCCGCUCUGUGAGAGAAGACGAGCCGGACAGAGACAGUGACGUGAGGAGUCGAGCAUCUGCCAGGACCUGCCACAAUGCGAAGAAACUGCUGCAAGAACAGCUCAAGCACUUUAAGGUGCUUUUGGGUGGCCACGAGAGUGACGAGGCCGAGUUGACCGAGUUUGGGCUGUCGGCUCCCCCGCCUGCUGCAAAACCGCACCGCCGGAACCAGAAGUCGAGCCCAGUUCACGAGGGCGCCGUGCUCGUUCUUCCUGGCACCUGCUUGCAAGUCAGCCCUGUGCUGGGAGCCGAAGCGACGGAUGCCUGGGACCGCAUCAAGCGCAAGGUCCUGCUUGAAGCCACACGAGCGCAGCGCCGCGCAUCGAAGGCGAAGGCGAAGAAGCCCGACAAAGAGAAGUCUUCGGCAGUUCCGUGGAGGAGCUUGGAGCUGUCCUCGGAGCUUGCCGCUUUCGACCGGGCACUGCAGCAACAACGACGUCGCUGCGAGCUGGAGCCUGGGCGCCGUGUGUUGAUGCGACAGCUUGGCGCCCAACCCAAGGCCGGCCUCUUCGAAGAUCCGCCCCAGGGCUCGCCCAUGGCCUCGGCCGCGCUGGGCGCGGCCAUGGCGGGGUCUCUGCCAGCUGAGAGCACGGGCAACGAGCUCCAGGCGGCGGCCCUCUUGCCCAGCAGAAGCAGCGGCAGCCUCUCGCAGAUGGUGGACGCGGCCCGGCCGGGUCUCCUCGGCACCUGGCACCAAGUCGAGUCGAUACCCGGCAAGGAAGGCGAGGAGGGCAAGGAUGUGCUUUUGUGCACUCGGCUAUUUCGGGAGACGUGUGUGGGCGUCAGUAGCACCUAUGCAGGGCGCAUGGCAAGAGAGGGGCUCACUAAGGACUAUCCUUUAGCACCUGCUGGUGGUCAGGAGCAUUGUCUCUGUAGCUCCUGUUCCGAAUGGCUCUCUCGCAGCAGCAGCAAAUCACAUCAGUGCCAAAAGCAUGUGGGUAAGCCACAUGCACCGAAGGCUUGCCCAAAGGGCCUAAAGCUCUUCCACCAAUCCUGGGAUGGCCUAGAGCUGCGACUCUCCUUCCAACACAGCCGGGACCGUGAGACAGUGGAAAUCUCCUGCGAGGCAUCUCUGGACAACGCUUUGAGACGGCUGCUGUGGCCCCAGGUUUGGGAAGCAACGCAAGUCAGAAGCAGCUGGCGACUGACGAAGUUUGAUGGCUCGCAGAGUGAGAGUUGCCAAAGCUCGCUGGUUCACCAGGAUCUAAGAUUAAAGUUGCCAUUGGACAGCUUGCCACAGCAGCCUGCACGCUUCCUCCUUUCAUCUGAGCAGCUGGCCUUGCUGAAGUGGAUACGGCAGCAAGAAGAGAGACCUCCCUUCGAGUCCCAGCAGAGGAUCCGCCAAGCCCUGUGCGAGACGGACCUGGCCUGCGAGCUCCAAAUCUCCCGGGAGUAUCCGUUCCGCGGUGGCCUCAUCUUGACUCGAGGCUGCGAAAGUGGCGAGGUCUGCUUUGAUCGGUCGGUGGCAACAUGUGUACUGGCAUUGAUCGAUGAGGAGACACAUGCGCCUCCAACGCAGCCGAGACCAUUGCUGAACAGACGCAGAUGUCGAAUUGAAGCCUCGGGCACACUGAUCCUCGCUCACCAGCAAAGCAUUCAAUAUUGGCAGCAAGCAUUGGAGGCUGCAUCUGGGCCGGCCCACUUGCGUGUGGUCAGUAUCGCCAACCAGCGCAGGAUGCGGAGCCUCACCGUUGCGGAGGUAGUUGAGGCCGACUUGAUCCUUGUGAACAUGCAACUGUUCAGUUCAGAAGCUUAUCAGCGUCACUUCGACAGUAUCUCAAAGCCUGGCUUGCAAGUUUGGGACGCGUCCUACUUGCAGAGGCAGAUGGACAUCGAUGCCGAUGCAGAUGCGCCGGAAAGUGAGCAACGACAGCAACGCGAGCUGUGCCACGAGGGUGAAGUGAGCUUUGAGCAGGGGGAUGUGGUUCUGAUCCACGGUCUGAUCACGAAGGCCCACCUGAAUGGACGUCGGGGCCAGCUGAUUGGCUGGCAGGAGGACACCGGCAGGUGGUCUUGCCUUUUGCUGGAGCCGGCCAAGAAAGACGCUAAGGCGGUUGUCAAGGGCCUGCGGAAGCAACGAAAGCAGCGUCAGCGCCAACCUCGUCCCGAGAGUGGUCGGCUCAUCAACAUUCGCCCGUGCAAUGUUCGUGCCCUUCGAGGAGUGCCAAAGGCUUCGGCACGAAAACGACGGAUGGUUGAGACGCCGCUGAAGGUGUCGAAGUACUACUCCGAGCUGCGCUCCCGAGAGGAUUACAUGGCUCGCCGCCAGGUGGAAUUGGAGCGUCACACGUCGCGCCUCGUGCGCCAGGCGGUGUCAACUGGUUUGUCAGCUAAGGAGGAGCCCUCCGCGUGCCAACCAGAGACGGGAGCUGAGGCCAUGCCGGAUGAGGUUGCGGAGAAGGUGCAGUUCCCGCUGCUCGCUUCUGCGGCAUCCGAAAUUGCCGGCAGCCCAGCCUUGCUGGAGAUGUUCCGCUUCCGGCGCCUGGUCAUCGACGACUGCCAGCUCAUUGCCAGGCCGCUGGAGCAGCUGGUGUCCAGCGGUUCCUACAGCGGCGGUUUGAGCCAAUACCUGGCCAAGGUGGCGCCGCUCUAUGCCGUCCAUGCCAUCGAGGCUCAUGCCCGGUGGGGCAUUGCUCCCUCGAGGUCCUUAGGCGACGGGCUCGCUGACGUUGCGCCGCAGAUGCCUCGGAUGAGGCGUUUCAAGAGUAGCCAGCAACUGCACCUCGCUGCUCGGUUCCUGGACUGCCACUGUCAGGCGCAGCGAUUUCUGCAGAGGUACGCUGCAGCUGUAGAGGACUUCAUGCCCUGGCAUGCCCUGGUUACAGUGUCGACUUGGAUGUGGUGUCGACUUGGUUCCUGCCACUAG